AACCGCCACAAUAUGGAUCUGUGCUUUUGGCGGUCAAGGGGCGAUUCCACGUGAUUUCAUUCAUUUCCGAUCAAUCGGCACCGGCCCGUUCGUGCCGCCAUCGACUUAUUGCCAUCGUUCCCUCUGUUAGCUCAGGAACCUAAGGACAUGAGCUCGACGACGCGCCCGAGGGGGGUGCUUGGGGAGGGCAUUUAUGUCCCUACCCUAACAUUUUUCAAGGAUGACCAGGGCCAAUCGUUGGACAUCGGGACCCAUAAGCGGCACAUUCUGUGGAUGGCAAGAGCUGGAGUACAUGGAUUUCUCCUGCAAGGCAGUACGGCCGAGGCCGUUGCGAUCAAUAGAGAGGAAAGGAUUGAGCUUAUCAAAGUUACCCGGCAGCUCCUCGAUGAGAACGGAUUCCAACGCCUCCUCAUUAUUGCAGGAGCAGGAGCCCAAUCUACCCUUGAAGCCGUUACGCUCUCGAUCGAUGCCGCUAAUGCUGGUGCAGACUAUGUUAUCGUGCUCUCACCUGGAUACUUCGCUAGUUCAAUUACCCCCGAGGCCAACGAAGGCUUCUAUCGGGAGGUGGCGGACUACUCUCCCAUUCCAGUGAUCAUCUACUCAUACCCAAGCGCAUCCGGUGGACUAGAAAUCAGUUCUGAUUCAGUCGUUUCCCUCGCUAAGCACCCCAAUAUUGUUGGGAUUAAGCAAACAGAUCAUAACGUGGGGAAGAUGGCGCGUAUCGUGUACCAGGUGAAGAAAGAUCAAAGCGAUUUCGUUGUACUUGGGGGUGCUUCUGAGUACCUGGUCGGCGCCCUAGCCGUUGGUGCUUCAGGCGUCAUCACAGGAGCAGCGAACAUUUGUCCUCGAGCAGUCAUGAAGCUAUAUCAUUUAUGGCUUGAAGGAAAAUCCGAGGAAGCACGAAAUCUUCAAGGAAUGCUAUCCGUAGGUGAAGGAGCACUUCUUACAGGAGGAAUCCCAGCUAUCAAGGCGGCAGCUCAGCUAUUCCUUGGGCGUGGAGGCGUCCCUAGGAGGCCUGUGCCUCCACCAUCUGAGGCGCUGAUUUCAACACUUAAAGUAAAAUAUGCGCCAUUAUACGAACUGGAACAGCGACUUGAGGCUCAGGAGGCAUAAGAGCGAGAGUGAUGUUUUAACUCGAUUGAGUCGCCGGUCGAUUCAUGGGUUCAAUGGCAAUGUCAAAUAUAGCAUCAACCUGUUUUGUACGGAGGGGCAAUAAAGUUACCGUUUACAGUGUAACUACGCAGUGGAUUAAUUGCACCAGUUCGCAGCUGCGCGCCAGCCGGGUUGCCC